GAGAAUUUCAACCUAUCAGAUACUGUGUAUUCCACAAUACAUAAUUUCUGAUAGGUUGAAAUUCUUAUACUCUGUUCUUUAUUCCCUACUCCUUUUAUUGUCCCCUUGUUCUCUGUUCUCUGUUCCGAAGAGUCCGCUGAACGCAGCCAUUAGAGGAUCUCUACUCUUUUGCGAAGGAAGAAAACAAAUUUCUCAAACAGAUUGUAGCAUACGCCGGGCGAACAUUAUGGAGAAAAUUGACAAGCUCAAACACAGUAAUGAAGAUAUUGAUUCAUUUGUCCAUAGAAAAUCAAGCAAAAAAUUUAAGUCUAAAAAGAAAAAAGAUAAAAAAGAAAAUAAAAAACAUAAGAAAAAGAGGAAGCAUUCAUCUUCAAGCAGUAGAAGCGAUGAUAGCGCAAAAUUCGAAUGGGUGGAGAGAAAGGCUGAAGAUCAAAUUGUUGAUUGUAGAGCACAAGAAAAUCAACUUAAAAGGGACGAAUGGAUGAAUGUGGAAAGUUUUAUUCCAUAUUUAUCAGAGCCUAAUGUGAAAUUACAAGAAUUAAAAGAAAAAGACAAAGAGAUUUUUCUAAAUAAACCAGGACAAAGUAACAGAGAAUUGAAUCCAUAUUGGAAAGCUGGAGGCGAUGGAUUACCUCAAAAUAAUCCAGGUAGAUCUGAUAAUCUAAAGAUCUUGGAUGUAAAUUGGCUAAAAAAGAGUCUUCGGCGUGCCGAGGAACAAGCUUUACGUGACAAUAAAUGUUUAGAGAAAGUAGUUGCCGAACGUUGGGGUUCCUUAGAAACUGUACAAACAAUGAUAAUUGAAUCGGAAAGAAUGUCAAAUACUCAACAGAAUAAAUCGUAUCAUAAAAGAUGUUACAACGAUAAAAAUGAUAGAGAUUCUCAUAGAAUUUCUAGUUCGAGAAUAAGAAAGCGUUUGAGAUCUAAAUCAAGAUCUAGAAGUAAGGAUCGUGCUAGAAAAUAUAAUACAUCUGACUACUCGUCACAACAUCAUACAGGAUUGAAGCAAAACUAUCACAAACCUAAAGACAACGACAAUUAUCAUCAACAGACUAUGCCUGCCAACAGUAGUCGUAUAAAAAAUUGGAAAAAAAAUAAGAGUGAUGAAAAGAGAUAUCCAAUUACCGAAUUACCUGUGUCCGAGCCAAAACAAGUCGAUUUAUGGAAUAUCAAUAAUAAUACGAAUAAUACGAAUGGAAUAGAUAAAAAUAAAGUCGUUGAUGUUUUAACCGAAGCGGAAAUUAAUAAAUUAGGAGCAAAUAUUAUAAAAGCUGAAUUAAUGGGUGAUGAUGAAUUAGCAGCGCAACUAAAAAUCCAGUUGGAACACGCGAGAAAACAUGUUACAUCAUGUAAUACCAGUGUACAAGAGGAGAAUGUAAUUCUCACAAGAACCGAUGCAAAAGGUACUGCAAGACCGAUACAACCCAGAAAUCAAUCUAAAUGGGAAAAUUACAGAAAUAAAAAAACUAUCGAGACACAUAUCUCCGGUGAGAGAGUACGUCAUUUCGCAGACGAUGAUAAAUAUUCUCUACAAGAAAUGUUUCAACGAGAGAAAGGAAGAUCCACGAUUGAAAAUGAAGCAGUGUUCGCUAAACUCGCUUCCAAGAAUAUCAACCAUAUGGAUGAUACAUUUGAGCAACAAAUUGCACGAACAGAUUCGGAAGUGAAACAAGACAAGUGGGAUCGUGCACAGGCAAUUAAAGAACACAAGAAUUUAUCUAAAUGUAUGGAUAAUUGUUCGUGGUGCCUUGAUUCGAAAAAUAUGUUAAAGCAUAUGAUCGUUGCAAUGGACUCUGUGAUUUGCUUAAGUUUGCCUGCUUGUAUUUCCUUGAGUACUGGUCAUUGUAUAUUAACACCUAUACAGCAUGUGGCGUGUCAAUUGCAAUUAGAUGAAGAUGUAUGGGAUAGAUUGAUGGAAUUCAAAAGAAAAUUAACAAAAAUGUUUACGGAUGAAGAUUUUUAUCCGAUAUUUUUUGAAGUGUACAAAGUACGUAAUAAAUUUUCACAUAUGCAAUUAGAGUGUAUUCCGUUGCCAAAAAAAAUUGGCGAGUUGUCACCAAUAUAUUUUAAGAAAGCUUUGUUGGAGUGUGAAACUGAAUGGUCCAUGAACAAAAAAAUUAUUGAUUUAACAUGUAAAGGUAUACGUCAUGCCAUACCAAAUGGUUUAUCUUACUUUAUGGUCGAAUUUGCUUCACAUCCUGGCUAUGCUCAUGUGAUCGAGGACGAAGAAAUGUUUCCGCAAAAUUUUGCCAAGGAAAUAAUAGGAGGAAUGUUGGAUUUGGAUCAUAACUUUUGGCGGAAACCAAAAAGAGAAAGAUUUGAGGAACAAAGAAUAAAAGUAUUAGAGUUCACAGAAAAAUGGUCGAACUAUAAAUCGUCGUAAUCAAAAUAAUUGAUCAUCUUGCAUGAAAAAAUUAUACGGUUGGAUGAAUUUAAAUGUAUCAUGUAUAUUUUUCAUUUUCUUAAAUGAAAACCUAUUUUAAUCUUUGUAAACACGUGUUUAAUGUGUAUGUCAUAUCUAGUUGUAUAGAAAACUUUGUAAAUUUCUCACUGUAAAUCAAUUAUAAAUUAUUGUAAGCCAAGGCUAUUCAGAAAUAAUCUUUGUGUUAUUAUAUUAUUGUAAUUAAAUAUGAUCGAAUGAUGUGUUAGCAGAGAGAAGCCUGGGAGUGGCCAAUUCCCGGAAUUUGGCUGUACUUUGUUUCAAAGCGCCUCUAUCUCCACAAAAUGGACAUUGAACUACAUAGCUAAUGUUCAUGAUCCAGGUAAAGUUCACGAUUUUUUUGAUUGUAUUCGCUAUUCCACAAAUUCGGUCCGUUAGACAAAGACGAGCAAUCUGUCGGCGCUUGUAUAUGAUUAGUAAUAAAUCUAAGACUAACUCUACAA